GACAUGCAUUGGAAACAUGGCAACCGCAAGCUCAGGGUAGGAUGAGGCUCUCAGAUGCCGAGAUAGACGGUUGUCCCGGCCAAUGAGAGGGUCAGCGUUAGGACGACUGGGGCGCUCGGGCCACAGAAGAUUGAUCGUUCCACUACCUUGGCGUUCCUCCCGCAACCACAUUUUGCAAGACAGCUCUCCUGGCCCACCAUCGACUCCAUCACCACCACGAUCCAUUGGCAGCUGUAGGUCCCUCGACGGGAAGCUUCUCCCUUUGUUUUCUAUUUUCCGACACUCUCCACUCCACCCGCCGCCAUGCUGCGCUCGUCCAUUGCCCGGGCUUCAAGCUCGGCUGCCGCCAUGUCAUCGACCGUGACCCGCACUGCUCUCCCCAGAGCUGCCCCUGUAGCCUGCCAGAUUCAGCAAUCCCGCCAGGCCCACGCCAUCUCCAACCCGACCCUCGCCAACAUCGAGAAGCGAUGGGAGGACAUGCCCCCCCAGGAGCAGGCCGAUCUGUGGAUGACGCUUAGGGACCGCAUGAAGACCGACUGGAAAGAGUUGACCAUGCAGGAGAAGAAGGCUGCCUACUACAUUGCCUUUGGUCCCCACGGUCCCCGCCGACCCCCACCUCCGGAUGAGGGCCGUAACGUCUUCCUCCUCUCCUCUGCCGUCAUUAUGGGCGCCUUUGCCGUCUUCGCCUUCACGCGCAUGUUCGCCAGCCCCAUCCGGCCCCGCACCAUGACCAAGGAAUGGCAAGAGGCCAGUGAGGAGUACCUCAAGUCGCAAGGCAGCGAGCCCAUCACCGGCUACAAGGGAAUGUUGGUACAGAGCAAGUCCGAGAAGGAUCUGCCAGCCAGGGAGAAGCUCAACGAUGAGUAGAGAGUCGAAUAGAAGCGUCACAGCAAUCACCAUGCCAAUACCGAUACCACAUUUUCCUUGUGUCAACUUUCCGUUUGGUACUGUCUGUGUCACAUACAACAAGAUCGAAAGCAUUACGAACGGCUGCCGAUCGGCCAUUGUCAUAAUAGUCCUCAUUGUACAGAAAUCUAGAGGCUUUUCGCGUUUACUUGACGGUUCCCCACUUUGAUCAUGUGCAAGACGCACACUGUAUGAUUUACGCAAGUCUCAAAUCAAGGCGCUCUACCCUCGUCACGAC